UCUACAAAUAGAAGCUUGAGAACCACUGGUUAAAAUAUUUGCCAAAAUAACCCGAUAAUAAUUAUCUACUUAUCAUUUAAUCGAACUUUUUCCUAUUCUAUUAUUGUUAGUUAGAUAGCAGUGUACUGAUCGGUAUAUCGAUAAAUAUUUUGCCAUCCGUUCUUUUUUAUUUUAUUUUUUUAAUUAAAAUGUCAUUUGAAUAUAUCAGAAGUAAGCGGGGCCAACAAAUGAUUUUAUUGAAUAAUUUUAAGUAUCGUUUUGCAUAUAAAGCAAUACAAACGGGUAACAUACGUUGGCGUUGUUUUGUAAAAGAAUGCAAAGGUACCAUUCACGUGAAUGAGCUUGAUGAAAUUAUUGAUCAAACAGUAGAUAGACAGGUAGAAGAUCAGUUUGGCGGAAACGAAAAAACGACCUUAUUCAGAUUUGGCGGAAACGAUACGGUCAAUUUUGGCGGAAACGAUGAACGCCCACAAUUCGAUAAAGUAAAAAUACUAAACAAAGAAAGUCAUUUUAGCAAACGGAUGUACAAGGAAGCAAUAGAAAUCGAAAAAUGUCCGGAAAAUUUCAACAGAGAAGAUGGAUGGAAAAUCAGAAAAACUUAGAUACCCUAUCAUACACCAGACAAAAAGGAAAUCAACCAACAACACCGAAAAUAAUUCAAUAUACGAAAAGGCUACAAUCAGCAUAACAAAUAAUUGCCAGUGUAGGAAAGGAAGACCGAAAUGUCAAGAAUGCCGUAAACAACUUUAGUCAAAAAUUGAAAUGUUGUCAACAACAUUAAUCAAAAACCCGAAACGGUC